AUGCCCUCGCCCCUGGCGCCGCACCGCUGCCUCCCGGGCGAGCUGUCCCCGUCGGGGGACGCGCGACCCUGCAGCAGCCCCUCCGAGCUCCCGGGGAGGCCGGGCAAGCUCUGCCCGGGGGCCACUCCCCCCCGGGCCCCGCGGCUGCCGCGCCGGCUGGCCUGGUGCGCCAUCGACUGGGAGCAGGUGCGCUUGCUGCAGAGGCUGGGAGCCGGGGGGUUCGGCUCGGUGUACCGGGCCACUUACCACGGCGUCCCCGUGGCCGUCAAGCAGGUGAACCAGCGCACCAAGAACCGACUGGCCUCGCGGCGGAGCUUCUGGGCCGAGCUCAACGUCGCCAGGCUGCGCCAUGACAACAUCGUGAGGGUCGUGGCUGCCAGCGCGCGCACGCCCGAGGGCUCCGACAGCCUGGGCACCAUCAUCAUGGAGUUUGGGGGCAACGUCACGCUGCACCAAGUCAUCUACGGCGCUGCGGGCCAGCCCGAGACGGCGCGGGUGGGGGAGCCCCACGGCCGCCCUGGAGAACCGCUAAGCCUGGGCAAGUGUCUGCAGUAUUCCCUGGACGUGGCGAACGGCCUGCGCUUCCUCCACUCGCGACGCGUGGUGCACUUGGACCUGAAGCCGGCGAACAUCCUGAUCAGCGAGCGCGACGUCUGCAAAAUCAGCGACUUCGGUUGCUCCAGGAAGCUGGAAGACCUGCUGUGCUUCCAGGCGUUCCCCUACCCGCUGGGAGGCACCUACACCCACCAAGCCCCCGAGCUCCUGAAAGGAGAGGCCAUAACGCCCAAAGCGGACAUCUAUUCUUUCGCCAUCACCCUCUGGCAAAUGGCGACCGGGGAGGUGCCUUACUCCGGGGAGCGCCAGCACGUGCUCUAUGCCGUGGUGGCCUACCACCUCCGCCCGGCCCUGUCGGCGGCCGUCUUCGCCGACCCUGGCCCCGGGCCACGCCUGGAGGACCUCGUUCGAUGCUGCUGGGAGCCCAGCGCCUCGCAGAGACCCAGCGCAGGACUUCUGUGGGUGCGCCUGAACGCUUUCAGAGACGAACUCGGCUGA